AUGACCUCCCCGGUUCGAACAACAGUCCUCAUAUCCGGCAAUGGAUCAAACCUGCAAGCCGUGAUCGAUAAAGUGGCCGCAGGUCAGUUAAACGCAACAAUCGUCCGCGUGAUUUCCAACCGCAAAACCGCGUUCGGCCUCGAGCGCGCAAGCAAGGCCAACAUCCCAACCGCAUAUCACAAUCUUGUGAAGUACAAGAAGCAGCAUCCCGCGACACCGGAGGGUGUCCAGCUUGCGCGUGAGGAAUACGAUGCUGAGCUCGCAAAGCUGAUCCUUGCCGACGCGCCGGAGUUGGUCGUGUGUCUCGGCUUCAUGCACAUUCUAUCGCCACAGUUCCUGGAGCCUCUAGAGGCUACUAAGACGAGGAUUAUUAACUUGCACCCCGCGCUGCCGGGGGCAUUCAAUGGUGUUAAUGCGAUUGGCCGUGCUCAUGCUGCAUGGUUGGAGGGUCAGAUUGACAAGACCGGUGUGAUGAUGCACGAUGUCAUUUCUGAAGUUGAUAUGGGCACACCGAUUCUGGUGCGGGAAAUCCCUUUCCGGAAGGGCCAGGACGAAAACCUUGAGACCUUUGAAACUCGGGUUCAUGAAGCCGAGUGGGGAGUGGUCGUAGAAGGAGUGGAUAAAGUGGUGAAGGAAUUGAUGGCCCAGAAGCAACAGGGCACAAGUGCAUGA